UUCCGAUACAUAAAUUUGAUUUUCGUUUAUUUAUCAACUGCGACCAAAAAGGUUUCUGUAUUGGUGGAUGAGGAGAGAAACGAAGCUAAACAGCUGAGAGACACCAUCUCAUUCGGUCCAUCGGCGACUCCACGGUGACGGCUCUCAUCUCACCGGACACACUUUAGGUUCCCUUCUUCAACUCACAGAAGAAUGAGGAGGAGACCUGGUAUUGGUGGUUUACAGAAUGCUGCUGCUGCUAGGGACCAAUAUCGGGCGCUCGGCCAGAAUGUGGCCCAGAUUAGAACGGAUCUCAUGAAGGAGCAGCUUGCCACUUUUAAAAGCCAGUUAGAAGAUUUUGCUCGCAAACAUAAGAAUGACAUUCGCAAGAAUCCUGCUUUUAGAUCACAAUUCCAUGAUAUGUGCACUAAGGUUGGAGUAGACCCCUUGGCCUCCAAUAAGGGUUUCUGGGCAGAGCUUUUGGGGAUUGGUGACUUCUACUACGAACUUGGAGUGCAAAUUGUUGAUAUAUGCUUAGCAACAAGACCCCACAACGGAGGCUUGAUCAACCUGCAGGAACUCUGCAAUUUGCUUCGUCAGAGACGAAAGAAUGACCGUGAAGCUGUUUCCGAGGAUGAUUGCCUGCGUGCUAUAAGUAAGCUGAAGGUAUUGGGUAAUGGUUUUGAGGUUAUUUCUGUUGGAAAGAGGAAGCUUGUCCGUUCUGUUCCAACUGAGUUGAACAAAGACCAUAAUGAAAUUUUAGAGCUUGCCCAGUCUCAAGGCUUUGUGACUGUUGAUGAGGUAGAGAGACGGCUAUCUUGGACCAGUGGCCGUGCAAUUGAUGCCCUUGACACUUUACUAGAUGAGGGUCUUGCAAUGAUUGAUGAUGGCCACAAAGAUGGUACACGCCGAUAUUGGUUCCCAUGUGUAUCUUCCAUCUCUACCCUUGUUGGAGCCGACACUUGACAAAUGAGAUAUCUCAACAUAAUGGAGUUCAAUACGAUCAUAUGUAAAAAUUACUCAUCUGUGGUUCCCUUUGUAAUACUAGUUGGUCGAACAUACUGACAAUGUUCAAUUCUUUUCAUCUUGUAAGAGAUAAUUUGCUACAUUUUUCACAACUCGGUCUCCAAAACUCCCACCACAAUUUGAGAUGUGGUUUAUCAGAAGUUAUAAGCUUUAGCAGGAC